GACCUGCCGGGGUUUACGCGAUCCGUGUAUGAGCGCAACUAUGCGCUGGUGACACCUGAGAGCUUUGUGUUUGCGGGCAACCCGCUGUGGGAAAACGCCACCACGGCGCACAUCAUCUCCCCCGCCGUUGGCGCCAACUUUGCGAUGCUGCUGGCCAACAUGAAGCAGCAGUCCAGCGGGGCCAAGCCCCCUGAGGGCCACGAGAGGUUCAUCUUUGUGCUGGAUGGGGUGGUUAAGGUCACUGCUGGGUCUGAAACCGUCACUCUCCACGCUGACGACUUUGCGUAUGUGCCCGCCCACAUGGAGCACGUCGUGACCUCUGCCAGCGGCGCCGGCUUGCUCCUCUUUGAGCGGCGGUAUGCUGUCAACGGCAGACCCCGCUUCAUCCACGGCCACACCCAGGAGCAGCAGCUGCUGCCCACGGCCGGCGAGGUGUUUGCGCUGCGCAAGCUGCUGCCCCAGACAGCUGACUACGAUUUCAACGUGCAUGUCAUGGACUUCCUCCCCGGGGAGCACCUGAACGUGAAGGAGGUGCACUACAACCAGCACGGCCUGCUGCUGCUGCAGGGCAAGGGCAUCUACAGGCUGGGAAGCAACUGGUAUCCGGUGCAGGCCGGCGAUGCCAUCUGGAUGGCGCCGUUUGUUCCGCAGUGGUAUGCAGCGCUUGGCAACCAAGAAAGUCGAUACAUUUUGUACAAGGUAAGCAACCAG